AUGGUGCCACAUGCCACGCAACACGAACGAAUAUUGCCAGAGAAUUUCCCAGCCGUCACCAAAACUUUCACAAGCUGCUCUCACGCGCAUGAAAUGUCGCUCUUGGGUGUACCGAAAGAUCAAUUGUCAAUCUGGACGUGUAUUGCUGAGCACGACAGCUCUUAUCGUACCGGUGUUGUUGGUCCAACUAACAAAAAUGGUUCCAACGAUUAUGGUAUCUUCCAAAUUAACAACUACUAUUGGUGCCAGCCUUCUAGUGGUCGUUUCUCCUACAAUGAAUGCAAUUUGAGCCGCGAAGCUCUGUUGAACGAUAACAUCAGCAACUCUGUGAAGUGCGGGAAUAAGAAAAAACAACAAGGUUGGACUGCCUGGUCUACAUGGAAAUAUUACAACGGUGCUCAGCCCAGUAUUGACCCAUGCUUUUAA